AUGGACCAGGCAGAGUUGCGGAAACGUAUGUCUCAAAUUGAGCUUGAGAUCGAAGAAAUGAACAGUGUGAUUGACGAGAACUUGCAAAUCGGGAAAAGCGAGAAUUUGGACGGAGAAAUGGACAACAGCCCGGUGGAUGAAGACAAGUUGGAUGAUAACAAGAAGAUAGAUGAGAGAAAGGAGCUACGAGCCAAGUUUCUGGCCAAUUGCGAACGUGCGACAAAGAGUGCAGGGCAAAGUGCAGGGCAAGACGCAGUGGAAAACCCAGUAGAAAACGCAGUGGAAAACGCAGUGGAAAACGCAGUGGAAAACGCAGUGGAAAACGCAGUGGAAAACGCAGUGGAAAACGCAGUGGAAAACCCAGGGAAGACAAAUGGGGAUAUCGAAAAACCAAAAACCAAUGUAGAGUCUACGAAAAUGACUGUUAAAGAACCGGAGGUACCGGCACCUUCAAUUGCGCACCCCAACGAUGAUAAAGACCUUAAAUCCAGUGCUCCGGAUGUAAAUAAAAACUCUCCACAAGAUCCUCAAAAUUCCACUUUCAAGAGUCCAGAACCCGUUCAUGAGACGUUCGAAGAACAAUUUGAGCCCGCCAAUACCUCGCCUCAACCGCAAAUGCUUCCGAAGACUCGCAAAGCACCCGCUGGCCCCUCCACUACCUCUUCCGGAUCGUCCACCACCCGGCAUACCUCCAAUCCAAGCCCCUUCCGUGUCGUGUCUGUUUCCAAACAGACAGACCAUGCUCAAGCGCAAAAACUCGAGACCCGUCACCACUACCUCACUGGCAAGUGCACCAAAUUACAGCGAGAGAUUCAAUAUCUCACAGAUUUGCGAGAACGUGGUGCUUUGACGCCGGAAGACUCUCGCAAAAUCUCUGGCGCUCUACAAAAGCUACAGGAAUACCUAGAUCGCAAAACUAAGGAACGUUACGAGGUAGGAGUUCUCUUAAGCCGGCAAUUAAGACGGGAAAUCGAUCGUGGUGAAAAUGGUCAGUUUUGGGUCGGAAAUUAA